AUGCGCUGGUACAGACAGAGUUUGCAGCCUGUCAAAGUUGUUCCUGCUACAGUUUUGCACAUGGACUCUAAAUACAAGUUAACUGAGGCUAAUUUGAAUCUCAGAUUCGAUCUGAACUUUAUAGACAACGUGCUGCAAUGCUAUGGUGCUCAGGCCGAGCCAGAUGCACGUCGUUAUCUACUGGAUUUAUCAUACACCAUGGCCAGGAAUCAAUUAGUCGAGGCGCGUCGCUUUGCCAAUCUGAACAACAAAACCUUUAUAGAUGUCAAGGACUUACGUAUUGCCAAAAUGGAGAAGACCGACGACUUCCAGUUCGGUCCACUGUUGCUGGCCAAACCCAUUGUGCAGCCGCUCUCCGCCCCCUCGGCCACCACGAGCCUCUUGCUGCCGCCGUGGCGCAACUGCCAGGUGGGCGCCAAUGCCGAGCUGAAGCAGGUGCUGGCCGAAACGGAGGGCAGCAGUCUGGCAGAGAAUGGCGCACCGCCCAGCAAAAUGGCACGCGUACGGUUGCCCAAUCAGCCCAAGAUGAUUUAGGAACUAUUUGUAGUU